AUUCGAAUACAACACAUCCAGCUGCAUAGACGCUCAACUCAACAAAAAACAUCACAUCACAAUUGGGAUCUAAAAUUUGUUCAUUGAAAUUGAAUCAGACAAGUAAAUGUUGAAUGAAAAUUCUGAAAAUUUCGAAGCCACAGUAUGGAUAUGGAAAAAAUUGAAGCUGAAUUUGAGUUUUAUGGUUUUACACUUGAAGAGCUGAAGAAAGAAUAUGAGCGAUUGUUUCGGUUGCACUGCAAACGAAUGAUGGAUAAAUUCACAGAGAAUGUUAUCGUUGCGGCGCAAAGAGAACUUACCGUCGAAACAGCAAACAAAAUCAAAUCAUUGGGCAACAAUGCACUGAAUUUGAUAAAACCGGAAACUGUGCGACUCCUGUCGAAAAUCCACGCACUCGUCGAUAAACACUUGACAAUCCCGCCGAGUAUACCGAUUAGCGAGAAUUGUCUGCAGAACACACCCGACAUGGACGACUAUGAAAGAAAGUGCAAAGAGGAUAUUGCUGAACUGGAGUUGGUUUACAAGCAACAGGCAAUUAUGUUGGCACAUCUUGCCAAGGAGUUGACAUUCUAUGACAAUGAGUUGAUCGCAGAGGCCGAAACCGACAUUGAAAUGUGUAAUCUCUUUGAGAACCAUUUCACCGAGUCCAAUUUCAAUGCUGAACUGAUCGAAAAUAUGGUGAAAAUUUUGAAAAACAUUUCAGUCGAAUAAAAACAACAACAAAGCAACUGUGUGUAGUUUUUAAUAAGGAAAAUUUGUGUUUUUUUUCCAUGUUCAGAAUAAAAGUAAACGUAUCAUUCUCGGAAAAAUCUAA